AAAAAGCUUGAUGCGUAAUGGGUAUUCCUUGCGUAUACUUAUGCUGUGAUGGUAACUGCUAUGUCCUCAAGCCUGGACAAUUUGAGGCUCCGGGCGGUUACUCAACUGUCUUCUGUUCUGUUCAAGUCCACAAACCCAAUGAUAUUUUUCAAAAUUUUGUGGAUUCCGGUUUCAACGUUCAAAAAAUCCGAAUAAAAAUAAGGGAAAGUUGUGUUUCGGGAGCCCCAUUUCCCAAUAAUAUUGUUUUCAAAACCUAAGUUUGUGUAUUUUUUUUCCUAAAAAAAAUUUGGGUUUCUACGAAUAGGUUGUAGUUCAGUUGUUCGUUGUCGUCUUCUUUUCUCUGAAACUCUAGUGGCGACAGGGAACAGAUGGGGUCUGGUUUAGUUUUUUGAGGCAUAAAUUUGGAAUGAUUCUGGGAUGGAUAUGUGGUGUUUCUUUGAGUUCCUCUGAGUUUCAUGGUCGCUAGGUGUAGGAAGUAGGGCAAAGUGUAGAUUUUUCUCAAGUUGUUGUUGUGGGUUUUCGGAAAACUGGUUUUCGCAUUCCGGGCCUUUGUGGUGUGAGGGAAAUUUUGGGUGUGAUUGUCAGAUGCGUUUCUAUUGAUAUUGGGGAGAUCCGGUGUGGGGGGGACUGAGAAUAUGGAGCCUCCAAAGGGGUUUGUGGCUUCUUUGUGGAACUUCAUUUGUUUCUUGCCUUUCUUCAUUGGGCUUCUGCUUCUGGGGCUCAUUAAAGGUAUUAUUCUCUGCCCAUUGAUAUGCCUUAUCAUGACAGUCGGAAACUCUUGUAUAAUUUUGGUCCUAUGGCCAAUGCACAUUGUCUGGACAUAUUAUUCCAUUGUGAGAGCUAAGAAAUUAGGACCAGUUUUGAAGCUUGUGCUCUGUGUGUUCAUUCCUGUUCCUUUGAUUUUGUGGCCAUUGGUUGGAAUUGUUGGAAGUAUCAUAGGUGGUGCAGCUUUUGGCCUUCUUUGGCCAAUGUUUUCCACUUUUGAAGCUGUUGGGGAAGGGAGGAGUGAUCGUUUUUUCCACUGUAUCUAUGAUGGAACAACGAGCACUGUCAAAAGGAGCUUUACCAUCAUCAGGGAUUUUAUGGAUGUCUGUUACCAUUCCUACUUUUCAUUGAUGAAAGACCUAUGCACUCAAGGGCCUCCAGACAGCAAAUAUUAUGAGAUAAGAUUGCUUUAUCUUCCUUUUGCUCUCCUAGCUGGCGUGCUUGGUUUCUUGGUUGACAUGCCUGUGAUAUCCCUUAUUGCCCUAUGCAAAAGCCCUUACAUGCUCUUCAAGGGGUGGCACCGCUUGCUUCAUGAUCUUAUAGGUCGAGAAGGCCCUUUCUUGGAGACAAUAUGUGUACCAUUUGCAGGACUUGCUAUCCUACUCUGGCCAUUGGCUGUUGUUGGGGCAGUAUUGGGCUCUAUGGUGUCAAGUAUCUUCUUAGGUGCUUAUGCAGCCGUGGUUGUUUAUCAGGAAUCUUCACUUUGGUAUGGGCUUUGUUAUAUUGUUGCUUCUGUAUCAAUUUAUGAUGAAUAUAGCAAUGAUGUGCUUGACAUGCUGGAAGGGUCCUGCUUUCCAAGACCCAAAUAUCGAAGGAAAGCUCCAUUGUCACGAACCAACUCUCGUUCAUCUUCGUUUUCAAAAUCCAACUCUUUACCGAAGCAUCCCCCCUCUCGUUCAAUUUCAAUAAAAAAUGCUAUUGAGUUGAAGCCACUCGAGCUACUUGAUGGCUUAUUUAAGGAGUGUCGACGCCAGGGAGAAAUCAUGAUAUCUGAAGGACUUAUAACUCUUGAAGUCCUUGAAGAUUCCAAAUCCAAUAAAGAAGUAGGUGGAAUAAUAAGCAUUGGGUUACCAGCUUACUGCCUCCUUCAGACACUUCUGCACUCCGUGAAAGCCAAUUCUGCUGGUAUAUUGUUAAGUAACAAUACUGAGAUAACUACCUCAAACAGACCCAAAGAUACCUUCUUUGAAUGGUUUCUUAACCCCCUCUUGAUCAUCAAAGACCAGAUCAAAGCCGAUGCACUUUCUGAGGCUGAAGAGGACUAUCUUGGAAAACUGGUUCUCUUGAGUGGUGAUCCUGAGAGGUUGAAGAAUUCCAACAUUGGCUCACCACCUGAUACUACUGAGCGUAAACGAGCAGAACUUGAUGCAUUAGCUAGAAGGCUCCAAGGAAUCACCAGGUCCAUCUCGAGGUAUCCAACGUUUAAGCGUAAAUUUGACGAUCUUGUCAAGACCCUUGUGGAAGACCUUGGCAAGAAGAAUGGUGGCAGACCUCAGACAAUUGGAAGGUCAAGGAGUGCCCUCGCCCGGAUAUUUACCCAAAAAUCUUUUAAAAACAAAACAAACAACCAAGGGUUUGAUCCAGAGAUCCAGCCAGUUGUAGAAAGGGAUGUGGACAUCACAUGAUGAUAAUAAUCCUUGUUCCUUUUCCCCAUUUAUUGGGUAUAGCAUAGCUGCAUUUUGGCGAUUUUUAUUGUUGUCAAGUCUACAAUUUUUUCCUAUAUUUUUGCUAAGAUAGAAGAAUGCAUUGAAGUGUAUGCAAUAGGAACUAAAUGCUACUUUUUUCUGAUUCCAAAGUAUUAGUGAGUUUUAGUUUGAUUUCA